CCACCCACUGGGUGUAAGUGAGAAACCACCACAACAUGAGCUAGGAGAGGCUUCUCAAGAAGAUCCUGCUUACUCAAAAAAUCUUUCUUCUUCUUCUUUUUUUUAAUUGAGAAGCUAGGUGUCUGCCAUUUUUUUUUUUUUUAAAUUUCUUUUAUUUAAAGAGAAACUAGUGACUUGAAAAUGAGACUAAAUAUUGCCGUCUUCUUUGGGGCUCUCUUCGGUGCUUUGGGGGUUUUACUCUUUUUGGUGGCUUUUGGAUCAGAUUAUUGGCUUCUUGCAACUGAAGUGGGGAAGUGUUCAGGUGAACAGAAUAUAGAGAACGUCACUUUCCACCAUGAAGGAUUCUUCUGGAGAUGUUGGUUUAAUGGGAUUGCGGAAGAGAAUGAUUCCAGUAUCUGGAAGUUCUGGUACACCAAUCAGCCACCAUCCAAGAACUGCGCACAUGCUUACCUGUCACCAUAUCCCUUCAUGAGGGGAGAGCACAACUCAACUUCCUAUGAUUCUGCUAUUAUUUACCGUGGUUUCUGGGCAGUCCUGAUGCUUCUUGGGGUCGUCGCCGUGGUGACUGCGAGCUUUCUGAUCAUCUGUGCAGCCCCCUUCGCGAGCCACGUUCUCUAUAAAGCUGGUGGAGGCGGGUACAUUGCUGGAGGCAUCCUGUUUUCCCUGGUGGUGAUGCUGUAUGUCAUCUGGGUCCAGGCAGUGGCUGACAUGGAAGGCUACAAAAACAUGAAAAUGAGAGACUGCUUGGAGUUCACCCCUUCUGUUCUGUAUGGCUGGUCAUUUUUCCUGGCCCCGGCGGGGAUAUUUUUUUCUUUAUUAGCUGGAUUACUGUUUCUAGUUAUUGGGCGGCAUAUACAGAUACAUCACUAAUCAAACCGUUGCCACCAGCGUUUUCUUGAGAGGUUUUAAAACAGGAUUUUUUUUUUUUUUCAUUUUGUUUUGGGGAUCCCAGUGUAGAAUUAUUAGAUGAGCUUUUUAGUUAGUAUUUGAAUUUUGCUUUUACAUUUUACUUGUGAUUUCUGCUAGUAGGAAGGUCUUAGAAUCUUUCCAGACAUCCACGUUUCCAUCCCCUGUAGGUGCUAUCAAGAACCUAGGUCUCUAAGGAGCAGUAACAUGGGCUUCCCUCUCAUUGCAACUGUUAGAGCUCACGCAGGUUACAAAGGCCUGAUAGUGAAGCUUUGAUUUAAACUUCCUUCUUGGCAUUCACUUCUGCUGCUAUUAAAAAAAAAAAAAAAUCUUUGGAGAAUAAUUAAACAGAAAACAAAUGUUGUCAGAGAACUUACCCCAUUUCUUCUCCACACAUGUGCAUCUCCACAUACACAUUACUGACUCCUGUAAGAUAAUUAUUUAUGACUUAAAAAUAAAUAACAGUGUGCUUGUGGCAAGAGCCAGGCAAACCCAUCAGUUCAAAUGGACCACAACCUGACUGAGGACACGUACUUACUCCACUCUCUUACCAACAGGAGUUUGGUCACUUAAUUCUAUUCCCUUAAUUGUGCAUGCUUACAUAACCUUAAACUAUGUUUAAAAGUGGCAAAUCUGUACACCAAAUUACAUAUAAUGCAGACUGGAUUUUUAGAAGCUCGGUGGAUUAAUUAUAUGUAAUAUGGUUGCAAAUAUGUAAAAACCAGGUACCUUAGCUUAAUACUUAGUUCUGUUUGAUAUUUUUAAAUUCCUCCUUAAAAUUAUAUGCUAAUAUGUUCAGCAUGUGAAAAUUUAUUGAUGAAAUGUGCUUUUAAUAUGCACUAGCUAUAAACUUUCAAAAUAUUUCCAUAUGAAAUAAUAGCCUUGCUUUAUUAAAGACUAUGAAAUAUUAACUUUUCCCAAGGUUUUAUGGGUUGUAGUUCUUUUGAUCAUUUGAUUCCCUUAAUUAUUGACUCUCAGUUUCUUCAUCUUUACAACAGGUAUUUUAACAUUUACAGAUAUGCUAAUUACUUUAACGUCUUGGAAGAAAACUUGGUGCUGGUUGGUGGAUAAUUCUUUCUUAUUUGCUAGUGUAGACAUGCAGACAUUUUGCAUAUCAAAGAUGUUUGUUUGGCACUAAUUUUGAUUGAAAUCAAAUCCAUCUGAGAAGCCCACGUUGCAUUUGCAUUUUGGAAACCUCCACCAAGGAGCAGUUUGGUGUUGGUGAGGGAACAGAGAGCCCUCAUGGUAUGCGAGCUUUGUUCUGGGCACAGUGUUUUGCUCUGCAGCUGUUGUGAUUACCUGAGGCAGGACUCAGAGGCAAAUUAAGAGAUGCUGGGGGACAGAGGGGCUAUUGCUUUCCAUUCAGCCAUUCCCCUGAUGGAGAGAUUGCCUGUCUUCUCCAGACAUCUGUACUUUCCAUUAACCUUUUUCAGUGGGAGGGAUUUCUGGAGGAAUGGCCAUGCUCUGAGGUUUCUGCAGAAUCAUGAGGGCAUUUUAGUGUUUAGGGACAGAGAGGACUAGCAUGUGAUAAAAACAAAACACAAAAAUAUAAGACAAAAAAACAAAAGCUUCAGGGGUUUAACUGGUUUCUCAAGCCAUCUGAGUUAUAAAUGUUUUUUGUGGUACUUGCCUUUGUCUUUUUCUGUUUUCAUUUUUAUAUUGCUCCAUUUACUUCUUUGCUUUUGGCUUGAUUAUUAGAAAAAUAAUUAUGGGUUCUGUUAUGCAUAUUUACUGUGAUAUUAAGUUAUGGCAUGCCAUUAAGUUUUCCAGACGAUGCUAGCUGUAUUUGAUUAGUUCAUGUCAUCUGUAAAUACAAUUCCUUUUUGUAGAACUUUGGAAUGGAGCCUUUUUUCUGGUGUAUUAUAUGUCAUUUAAAUUUCACAUACAAGCUGCUUUCAGUAAAGGUUUGAAUAUUUAUAAAUUUCA